AUGACAGCGCCCGGACAUGAUAACAGGCUUGCUUCCAGAAAGUGGAGCUGCUCCGAGCUACGCGAGGGGCUAACGCAGGUCCUGACCGAAGGAAACAACCCUGAUGAGAUCCGUGCUCUUGAGGAUGAUGAAGAGGAGGAGGAGCGGGAUGAGGAGAAGCCUGCAUCUUCGAAUGAGACGGGUGUUGCGAAGAAGUCCAGGGCGGCAAGGAAUGCAAAGCUCCGCCGGCUUUGCCAGCGACGCAAGAAUGGGUCGUUGGCUGUGCCGGUGUGGCUCCACGAGCUUUGGAAGGCAGGCAACCACACUGCCCUUGCCCUUCAGUACGAGGAAAACGGGCCGUCCAAGUAUGGUGGCGAGAACGAGUACUGGGUACAGGUCCGAGAGACUGGUGUCAGGGAGAUGGCCGAAGAGAGGGAGCAGCGGAUCACGCAGAACACCCAGGAUUGGUUAGACAACCGAGCAGGUCUCGAUGAUGACUACAGUGGUCUGGAUCUCUACAAAAACCGCAUCGAGGCCAAUCAGGCUCCUGCUGUCCAAGCCACUUCGGCCAAAGAGACCUUCCGCAAGUUCAUUGACAGUGUGCUGUCCAAGAGUGCAAAGAUCCGUGCCCUCAUCCCGCCAAGGAGCGUUGUUACGUUGGAGGCCGAUGCCAAGAUCUUGGACGACGCGUAUUCGUGCCUUACGGAUAUGCAGGCCAAGGGUGAGAUGAAAGGCUACGACACUGCGAGGCUCAGCUGCAUUUGGUAA